AUGACUGCGGCGACGAUCACUCCGAUCGACCUGGCGCGGGCCAUCGUCCAACCCACGAGACUCCAAGAUGACUACGUAACGGUAACUCCCGCCCAAACCCGGGUAACCGUCACGGGCCAGACGACCCUGACGCCUAUCCCGAGAGUUCAACCCCAGAUCUCCCUGAUUCCAGCGACGGUUGCUCCCGGACCAAGCACAUCCACUCCGUCGCCAUCUCCAGUAUCUCAUCUCAUCGUACCUCCCGUGGCCGCGGUCAAGAGCACCGCGCUGCGACCUUCGAUUCGUCCUUUACAGCCUGCGUCGGUCCUCGGGACGAAUGUGGAGAAAAUGAUGGCAGCAGCAGCCAGGCUCACACCCCGAGUAGCAAGAACUCCAACGGUCGUCCCUUUCGUUAGAGCCCCGGUCGUCUCGGUGCAACAGACGACCAUUCAACCAGUGGCUCAGCAGAGCAGGCAGAGAACGAAGACACCGGCGGCCUUGAUACGACCUUCGAAUCACUUGACGUCCCAUGUCCCGAGAGGUCCUGCAGCGGUCGCAAGCAUCGCGGCAGGUCCUAAAACCGCGCUAGCGACGCCGAUCAUCCGGCAGACGACCGGGUCGAAUGUAGUUCCGGCACCGGGUCACAUACCCGUUGGCGCGAGAGUGUCCGCGGCGGCUCUGACCCCGCCGCGAACCUACGCCCCGGUCACGAUGGUGGAAGUGCCGAAAACUAAACAGUCGGUGGGGAAACUGCACCUGAGUAUCCCGCCGAGCAUCACAAUAGAGCCCAGAGUCCGUCCGACGGUGUGGACGGGAGCAAAACCAACGGCCUACAGUCCGGCCGUUGUCCAACCCACGAGCGAGAAAACGGCUCCGACGACGCCGUUCUACAAGACUGGCGGGACCAGUGCCCCGACGCAGUUCAACAACGGGAACACAACUUUCACUCCGAUCAACACUCCCCAGGCUCAAGCCACCAUACAGCCCAUAUCGAACGCUCCUGCCUCGCCGGCCGUGACAGUGACGAACAGGGUCACGGUCACCAACUCGAAGCGGUCCAAUAAAGCAUCUCCCGUUUACGUUUCGAACAAGGCCAAUAUGAACAACGUGGUUAUCACCACGCAACGACCAGUGAGCGUGAGAAAUGUCCCGCCGAAUCCAUUGAUGACGACACCGAGCACAAACCACUUCACAAUGCCAAUGGCGAAUACAUUCCAACAAUCUCUGAACGUGACGGGGUCGGACGUCGAGGUUCAACCGCGACCAAUUGGAUUUUUGACACCUCCGGGCCCCAGGCUUCAAGUCCCGGUGAUCAACGUGGGGCAAAACGUCCAGCCAGCAUCAGCGGGAGCUGUGGUGCUCAACAACGACGUUCUCAGAGGCAACUCUUCGGUCCCGUUCACGACCCCGGGGGCAUUUUUCCGGUACGAGACGUACCCCGCCUCGGCGUACUUCAACGCUCAGAGCGGAGCUUCUAAUCCGAUGCAGAUGACCGCGGGGGGUCUUCCUGGCGUUCGGUCGAACAGUUCUUUCAGUUCGCAGCGUCCGCUGAUGGUGACCGUCGACGCGAAAGCUCACCCCAGCACAUCGAGUAGAAACGUCAUCUCGGUCACUGCCACCAAAGCGGACGAUCGCACGAAGCCAACGGAACUCAAUGCGGUGCAAAAUUUCCUCAACCCCGAGAUCGCAGCCGGUCUUCAGCGGAUAAGCAGUGAAACUACCAUCACCAAAUUAGCAACACCCCCUCCUGCUUCCAUUACGGUGACGGCAAUUCCAUCUCCGGGUCUCGACCGCGUAACAACCUCAGUAAUAGAAGUAGGCCAUUCGACAAAAAUUGCGAAUCUGACAGAAAAAGUCAUCACGCAAGCGCUCUCGGGCGGGAAGAAAGUGAGCGGGAGUGCCACCCCGCCAAAGGUCAGAGGAGGUCCCCUCCCGAAUACGGCCCCAGGAAUUGUUCCGCUGCCCAUUACGGUGACCACGGUACCGUCGGCGUCGAAAUCGAAUCAACAAAAAACGAUGACUCCGAAGAAUCAACAAAAACCGACUACUCCGACGAAUCAACAAGCGACGCAAGGCAGCCCGAGCAGACCUUCGAUUCUGAGGAAAAGAUCCGCAAGUACGGCGGAUGCUUUCAAUGCGCUUCUUUCCUCCAGUGUGCCUUCCAAAAAGGGUCCCAGGGAUGAGCGAGCCCCGGCGAGCAUGAAACAGGAGAGCACUGAGGAAAAUUCUUAUAAUCACACGUCUGGUGACUCAGCCGCAAGGAGCGGCAAGCCUCAUGAGGAUCAGAAGGGACCGGCGAGUCCGCGGAAGAAACCUCGGAAACAAUUCCCGCAGCUGAGCGAGACCGGCGGGGAGGCCCGACCGGGGCAUCGGGAGCAGAACGGGAAAGACCAUGACGCAACUAUCAAUCAGCGACCGCAGCUGUUUGGAAGGCAGCAGCCUGGAUGGAAGGCUCGCCUCAAUCAUUUCCUGCGACAUUCGGACGUUCGUUGCAAAGACGAUCAGAAGCCGUCCGUCAAUGAGCUGGCGAACCAGAAGAGCGCUGCACAAAGAGCCCACGGUUGGAAGCUCUUCCAUAUCAGAGGACAAGUCGAAGAAGUCGAAACGAUCGAGUCGGACGUCGUACAUCGAUUCGAAAAAAUUUUGGAAGAUUUCGAAACAUCGAGCAGAGCCAUGGAGCGGUCCUCGUUCGGACCUGAAGACGAGAGGAUGCUCACUAAGAUCGCCGACUUGAUAAAGGGGAACCUACAGCGGAGCAAGAUCAUGCAGGACCAUAUGAUCGAAGUCAAGAAGCAGUUAGGCAAAGUUCUCGAGCACAAGGGUGGAGUGCUAAACGUAAUCGGCAAACAUGUCAGCAAACGACCGCUGAAGAAGCGGGAAAUGCUGUGA